CGGUACGUCUAUUCUUCGUGUUUCUCGGAAAGGGUGACCUUUUGUCCGAGAGUUACCGUUUCAUUAUCAGCCGAAUUGGUGCAACUUCCUUGUUCUGUGCAAAAAUUGCACAAGCUCAGGCAAGGAUUCACAUUCAGACUAGCUUUGGUCGUGCGUUUGUGACAGUGAAUGGUUUUAUAUAGCACAAGCUGUCUUUGUAAUUCUAUGAGAAGAUCUUAUAGCCUGAACACUGCUCCAUCUCACUUGUUGUCUGUGCAUCCAAAUUCACCAUGCCUCUGAAACUCACCAAGUCAAAGUCACACAGUUCGCGUGACUCGAUUCAUUGCACACUCGGUAUACAAAUGGAGUCGCCGCCGCUCGUUUUACUUGGCCCACCUGAGGUCUCGAGUGGCGCGUUGGCCUCCGGUAUACUCACACUGCUUGUAUCGAAUAAAACAUCUGUUCCUGUAGAAUCAUUUCGACUAGAACUGAUUCGCGAAACCAAAAAUCAUCAUCCGCCUGCAUCUCAUUGUGCCGACUGUGCAGGUGAGCAGGAGGUUAUGCAAAACUGGAAUAUGGCUGCCAACUCUACAUUCGCUCCGGGUGCCCAUAACUGGCCAUUUAGCUAUUUAUUUCCGGGUCAUCUAAGUGCAUCGAUAAACACCCGCUAUGUUACACAAAAAUAUUACCUAAAAGCAACACUCACUUAUGCACUUGGAUCUGGCCUGCCACUCCCAUCGCGACCCGAGGUUUAUAUUUAUCCUCUUGAACUGAAGCGUGCUUUGCUCCCUGGUGCUGAUAUCGUGCAUAAGCGAAUCUUCCCACCAACAAAACUUGUUGCAACACUUACAAUGCCUGCAACGCUUAGUCCCCGUGGUGUAGCUUCCAUCGAGAUUGCAUUAACUGGUUUUGAACAAGGGGACGGUACUGUUUGGGGCUUAAGCAAACUCUCAUGGCGUUUUGAAGAACACAUUAAUUACACUGUUCAUCCUUGUCCAGCUCACAAUACUCCUGAGCGAAGCCGGACAUUCCAGGAAAAGAAAAUCAUAAACGCAAAAGAUAUGUAUCAAGGUUGGAAGUCAAUUGACGACCAAAUUUUAAUUCCCAUAACAUUAAAUGCUGCUGGAUACAAAGAGCCAACCAGUGAUGUUGAUCUCUAUCCUCCCUUCCAAUUGCAGAUUAAGCACUUCCUUGUCGUCGAAGCUAUUGUCAACAAAAGAAAGAAUGCAUCUCCCAAUGGCAUGGGAAAUGCUAGAAUUCUGCGUGUCAAAAUUCAGCAGCCAUUGACGGAACCCGCUGGAUUGGGUAUCAGUUGGGAUGAAGAGUGCCCUCCUGUAUUUGAGAGCGUUGGUCCAGCACCUCCUGCUUACUCUUAGCGCUAUACUUUCAACACAUAAGUUGACUUCGCAUGAAGUUUGCUGUUCAUAAUAUUAGCUCGUUUGAGCCUUCCCCCCUGCUUUACACUUAUAACCUCAUCCUUCUUUCUCCCAGCUCCAUCCAUUUUGUAGAACAAUCAAGGUAUCUCAUUCAGCCUUGAACUGUUAGUUGUUGAAUGAUUUAUGUAUAAAAACAUCUCAUCGUAUCGCCAUUUCACACAGCCUACAUGGAAAAUCAUUAAUGUUCGGUUACAUAAGUAAAUAAAAGGGUG